AUGGGUCCUGCUGGUACCAAAGACGUGGAUGAUGCUCAGGGUGAAUAUUUCUCACCCAUCAUCAGGAUGGGCAGGUACACGUACAUACGGACCAACACAGGAGAACUCGGGGCAUCUCUGCAAGAUCCACACUGGCAAGACCAACAAUCAUCGAACCAGAGCAGCAGUGCCAAAUCUCGGGCGUCGAGUCCACCCACCAAAACACCACCAAAUAGACCCUACGGCUUUUCAGCCACGAGGGAGGUCUUCUUCGUGGCGGUUAUAAUCCUCGCCCAGGUGCUGAUGCUGGCUGGGCUCGCCCAAGCCCUCAUCCCGCAGCACAUCAUCGGUGCCACGUUCCCGGACACGAACCCCGGGAGCCUCGCGUGGUACUCGGCGGCCUACGGGCUGACCUCGGGGUCCUUUGUCCUCCCGUCCGGCAGGCUGGGCGACAUCUUCGGGCACAAAAGAAUUUUCAUCAUCGGGUUCAUCUGGCUCGGGCUGUGGGAGCUCGCAGGCGGCUUCAGCGGAUAUGUACAACAGCGCGGAUCUGGCAGCGGAACCGCCUUCUUCAUCGCCUGCCGGGCCAUGCAGGGCGUCGGGGCGGCCCUACUCGUCCCGAACGGCCAGGCCAUGAUCGGCAGGGGAUACCCGCCGGGCCCGAGGAAGAACAUCGUCAUGAGCCUGUUCGGCGCGGCGGCGCCGCUGGGGUUUGUGGCGGGCGGUGCUAUGGCGUCGCUGUUCGCGCAGCUCGUCUCGUGGCCGUGGGCGUUUUGGACCAUGGCGGCGGUUUGUGCCGGACUGGCGGGCGUCUCGGUGCUGGUCUUGCCGCCCUCAGGGAAGAAGACGACGAGGGAGGUCGGGGUCAGCUUGUGGAAGCAGGCCGAUGGUCCGGGCGUCUUCCUGGGUGUGUCCGGCUUGGUGUUAUUCAACUUCGCCUUCAACCAGGCGCCUAUCGUCUCCUGGAGCACGCCGUACGUGUACUUCAUCCUGAUCAUCGGCGUGCUGCUCCUGGGGAGCUUUGUGUACGUCGAGUUGCACGCUUCUCACCCUCUGGUCCCCAUCGCGGGCAUGACUCCGACUACGAAUUUCGUACUGGGCUGUACUGGGGCUGGCUGGGCGUGCUUCUCGAUUUGGGUUUACUAUGCGCUCAGCUUCAUGGAACAGCUCCGCGGCUACUCGCCCCUGCUCGCCUCGGCAGCCCUAUCCCCUGCCCCGGUGACGGGACUCGCAGCAUCGAUGCUGGCGGGGUUCCUGCUCAGCAAGAAGGUCAAGCCAUACAUUGUCCUGCUGAUGAGCAUGUGGGCGUUCUUCGCGGGCAGCCUGAUCUGGUCGCUCGCUCCUGUUGGACAGACUUACUGGCUGAACUCCUUCAUCGGGGUGCUCAUCAUCCCUUUUGGGAUGGACAUGUCGAAUCCAGCCGCGUCGAUCCUGCUCAGCAACAGCAUGGCCAAGGAACACCAAGGGACUGCGGCCAGCCUCGUGGUGACGACUGUGAACUACAGCAUUUCGCUGGCCUUGGGCAUCGCGGGGUCCGUCGAGCUGGCGGCUAGACGGGGGAGAAAUGAUGUGCUGGCUGGUUAUAGGGGCGCCCAGUAUAUGGGCCUUGGCCUCGGCGGCUUGGGUCUUAUACUGGCUGCGGUGUUUGCGUUGCGAUCUAGAAGGAAGGCAUCGCAUGGGACUGAGGCGGUGGCGAAGGUUGGGUAG